GGCAGACCUGCAGAUUCUCUUGAUAACUUUCUUAUUUUCUGCUUCACCUGUCCACCAAUUCCAAUUGCCAUUUUUUGGUUUAUUGUCUACGCGAUAGGUUUGGCCAGCCGGCUGUCAACAAUUUAUUUCAUUCCUAUUCUGUUUUUAACAAAUCUCUUCACCCUAAUAUUGGCAAAAUAAAAUUGUGUAUUACUAUUAUUUUUCAUUUAUUUUAGGUUUUAUGAUUUUUGGCACGAUUGCUCGGCAUAGUUUCAUCUUUUUCAGGAGUACCAUUUGAAAACUUCCUUUUCGGAGAUGUCUCCAAACGUUAUCGAUAUUUUCGAUGGCGCGAGUGUGUUCAUCACCGGCGCUACGGGUUUCGUGGGAAUGGCACUGGUAGAAAAACUUCUCAGGUGUGUGCCUAAUAUAAAAUACAUCUAUGUACUUAUCAGGCCGAAAAAGGGUGUGGAAGUAGCUGAUCGUCUUAAAAAAGUUCUCGAAGACAGGGUUUUCAAUAAAGUGAGAGAGUCACUUGGAAAUGAUCCAUUUCGCAAAGUGAUUGCCGUUGCCGGAGAUGUAGGUGAAGAUAACUUAGGGCUGAAGAUGGAAGAUAGGAUAGAGAUGAAGCACAAAGUCAAUUUCAUUUUCCAUUCGGCCGCCACUCUCGAUUUUGAAGCUUCGUUGAAAACUACUGUUGAAAUAAACCUGCUUGGUACUAAACGGGUUGCCGAAUUGAGCAAGGAAAUGCCCAACCUCAAGGCGUUUGUCCACGUAUCAAGUGCCUAUGUCAAUUCCAAUUUGAAGUCAGCAGAUGAAGUAAUAUAUCCAGCACCUGCUAAGGUAGAAGAUGUGAUUUCCUUAGUACAGAGAGAUACUGAAUCAUCUUUGAAUGAUCUAGCGCCAAAAAUGAUGAGUGACGUUGGUCAUCCGAAUACGUACACGUUCACUAAGGCUCUUGCAGAGCAUGUUGUUGCUGGCAUUCCAAACUCAGUCAUUAUUCGACCAAGUAUGAUUGUAGGAGCGUGGAAAGAACCUAUUCCCGGCUGGACUAACAGUAAGAACGGUCCUCAAGGGUUUAUCAUGGGAGCUGCUAAAGGUGUAGUAAGAAGACUGCCCGUUGAUAAGAAUCUGAUCUAUGAUUAUAUCCCAGUCGAUGUGGUGGUGAACCAUAUGAUUCUGGCAGCCUGGCAUGUCGUCAAAAACAAGCCAAGAUCUACUGACGUUUUCCAUGUAACAACCAGCACAUAUAAACCAUUUAAAUGGGCAAAUGUAGAAAAUGAGGUGACUCAGCUUCUUCACAAGUAUCCAUUGAAAAGUGCCGUUUGGUAUCCAACACUCAAGCUACUUCCGUCUCUCUUCCUGUUCAGGGUCUCGGCUUUUAUAUUCCACAUGAUCCCAGCUUACAUAUUGGAUACUGUCACAAGGAUAGGCGGUGGAAGACCUAUCUUGGUUAGAUUGCACACGAACGUGAACAAAUCACUUGGAAGAUUGGCACCUUUCAUUUUCAACGAAUGGCUGUUUGAUAACAAGCAAUCGCUGGCUCUUCACAAGUCUAUCCCAACCGCAAAAGAGAGAGAAAUGUUUGGAGUGGAUGUUGGAUCGCUGGAAUGGAGUGCUUUUUUCAACGACUUGGCUCAAGGAGUUCGAGAAUUUCUUAACAAUGAAUCUCCCAAAACGCUUGCUAGUGCACGUAAAAAGGACAAAGUGCUGUACGUGCUGAACGUUGUUCUUCAGGUAUUCGUUGUGAGUGGAAUUUGGUAUGCAUUUUCAUGCGUUUUUGGACAAUCCAUGGCUCUCAGCUCCUUCAUCCUCCCUAUUAUUGUAUUCAUAUCCUCUUUCCUGUAGAAAGUGAUAUUGGUGCAAUCAGUGCAAUUCAACAUGCACAGUAAAACUAUUUACAAGAUACAUGACACCUUAUUCUGUUAUACAGUAUAUAUAUUACUAUAGUGUACACUCUAAUGUUAAUAGUAUCACAGUAUGCUACAUUAAAUGUAGAAAAUACAAAUAAUUUUAUUCAUGUUGUGUUCUGCAAGUUAUAGUUUUAAAUUCAAAUUCAUCUUGUUACAUACUCUUAAAAUAAUGUUGAGCUAUAGUAUAAGCUCAUUAAAGCUAAUUCGAUUUAAUAGGAUCUCGGUAAUUGGUAUUAAUACAAUUUAUGGUAUUUCUUUUUCAUUUCGUUUGUGGUCCCACAAUAAAAAUAGAAUCAUAUCUACAAAAAAUAUUUGUAAAAACAUGAUCAUUCGAUGUUGGGAUAACUUUUUUUAAUCCUUUAUUAAUUUGAUGAACUAUUUAAAAAUAAUUCUUAUAAUAAUAUUUUUGGAUUCGAUCAACAUAUAUAAGAAAAUAAUGCGUGAAACGAUUUUCUAUCAAUUGAUGAGUUAUCAUUUGCUCUAGAAUAAUUUGACACUGCUACCUGGUACAAAAUUUAGUAAUUUAAUAAUACAAUUUUUCUCUUUUAAUAUAGCAAAUUAGUACAAAUCCAAAUUCUUAUUAUGAAUGUAAUGCUUAACUACUAAUUUAUGAAGUGAUAAAUUUACACCCAGUUAAUACAAUUAUCAUUAUUUCUCAUUCUUCACAGCUAAUUUUUCAUAUUUACUGUCCCACUUAUUCAAAUUGUUUCUUCAUUAUUUCGAGUAUCAGUAAUAAAUUUAUUCUUGUAAUGCGACAAUGUUAAGCUAUUUUUGAAAUUAUUUUAAAAUUAUGUAUGUGAGAAUAAAUCAUUUAUACUCGAUUCUGUUAUGAUAAUACAGUAUUAUUUACGAUAAGUUAGGAUAUCUUAGUUUGGAUACUGUAGUGUAGAUUUGCAGUAUUCAGUGUCCAUUUAUAACUAACAUUCUCUACUGUAUCCAAGACUAACAUAAAAUGAACAAAGGCCUACACUAAUAGUUAGUAAUGAGCUUAAUAUUCAUUCCGAAAUUAUGGUUUUGCUUUUAGUGAGUUAUUCAGCAACUUCCAAUACUAUUAGAACCAAAACUCUACUAGAAGGAAACAUUGUUCUGAUGAAAUAACGGUACUAGCCUAGUAUAGAACGGACGCAUCAGGGUAUUUAAGAAGAUAUACUUACUCUAUUCCUUAUAAAACUUAUGGAUUUGAUUAUGUGAUGAUAUUCUGUUUAACUUGGAACAACAAUUUUUGCAUUUCAAAUAUAAUAUACAUUCUAAAAUUAACGUUCUUCACUCAUCAAGGUUAUGUAUGGUUUUGUUUAUGUUUUUUCUCAUAUCAUCACUAAACUGAUUGGACAAUCAUGUGGUUACCUAGAACAAAAUUAUAAAAAUUUGGGAAAAUUCAAAUUAUAACAGCAGAAGAGAUCAUUCUUCUCGCUCUUUAUGAAGAAAAAUGAAUUGUAUUUUAUCUUUAUCAAGAAAGUUUGUUUAGAACCGUUAUUUAAGUUAUUUCAAAAUGAAUUGUGUUGGUUGUAGAGUAAAAUAUUAAAGAGCACGAGGUUUAAAGAUGAGGAAGUUUUAGAUUUUAUAAUAAAACACAAUAAUUUUAAAACUGUGACAGUGUGUAAAAGGUGUGGUGAACAAUGUAAUUUGUCAAGAAAAACUCUUAUUCCGUUGUGGCAGAAGAGUCAAAACCCCUGACAGCAACAAAGCGAAGCCUUGUAGUUUACAUGCUUCAGCCAGGGUGGGAUCCUUUUUUGAUAAAGCAAAAUUAUCCAUCGACAUAUGCUUCUAUCUAAUUUCUAUUAUUCUUUUCCGAAACCGCCUAGGAAAAACUUUCUCCUCACUAGAGAACUCGGUAUUUCCCCAACAACUGCUGUUCAUUGGUACUCGUUUUGUAGAGAGGUAUUCAUAUUCUCUAGUGAGAAACUUUCUGAAAAGUUGGGCGAGCCAGGAAAAGUUGUAGAAAUUUAUGAGGCCAAGUUUGGGAAAUCGAAAUAUAACCGUGGGCGAUAUUUUAAGGGUAAAUGGGUUUUCGUGGGGGGGGGGUUGAACUCAAUUGUGGAUUUGAGUGAAAUUAUCAAUAUUUUUUGCAAUUGCGAAAGAAGAUUUUUGUUUGGAUUUGUAUUUGGAAAUUGAUCAAUCUUAUAAAUUCGAAAUUGUAGUAGAUACAUUUUUGUGGACUCAAAAUUGUGUGCGAAUUAAGUUAUCAUUUAAGUUACGUAAGUAACAUAACCUUCAGACUGUGUAUUCCAAAUUAAGGCUUGAAGCAGUCUUGGGCAAAUGCCUGUUGUUUUUACCUGAAUAAAACAUUGUAUUAAACCUUGAAAUAAACCUUUUUACCUUUGUAUUUGCAUAUGAAUAAAUAAAUAAACGUGGCUCCAAUAAAUCUUUUUGUGUCUGUUGAAGCUAGGGAUUGUGAAACUUUUCAAGUUGAUUCAAGAGUGGAUCUUGCCUGGUUCAACGAUAAUUAGCGAUUGUUGGAGAGCGUAUCAAUCCCUCAAUAAAGACCUUUAUGAUCACCUCACAGUCAACCACUCGUUGAAUUUUGUUGAUCCAAACAGCCAGGCUCACACUAACACCAUUGAAAGGGCCCGGCGGGAGGUGCGAGGGACCAUACCCAGAUUUGGCGUAAAAAGGCCCACUUCCCCGGAUACCUGGCUGAAUUCCAAUUUAAGAGGAGGUACGAUUGUGAGGAGCGCCUCCAUUACUUUUUUAAGGCGGCGGCGGAGUUGUAUGUCCCCACUCACUAAUAGGUCAAGCUUUAGUGAGGUUAGGUUAGGAUGAGUUUGAUGAGAUUAGCUAUUCCUUUUGCAUUGAAUUUUUGAGUGUUAAACACUUAAUUGACAGUUGUCACAGAAGAUUUUUUUAACAAAAAAGUAAAAAAAUACCUGAUGUGUCCGAUCUGAAUAAUUACCGAAAUAACUUAUUCUGAUCAUAUUAAAACAUUUGUUCUAUAACAAGUUUUAAAACGAUAUUUUUUUCAAACUUGAACUAAAUAUUGAAUUUGAUUUAAUACAUAUUUAAUUUGAACUACAUAACUAUAAGGAAGAUCAGUUUCAUAAGAAUCUGUAUAACUUCAGAAUUCUCUUCUCAAGAAGAAAAUCAGAUGAUUCAUACUUCUCUUGAAAAACUUUGUUUUAGCUUGUAAUGUUUGUUUCAGGAGGAGAACUUGUUAUAGAACAAACGCUUUCAAUCAUCAAUACAAAGUAGAGAAACGAUUGAAUAAUUAUUGUACUGUAGAAUCUUUACCAUUAAACAAUAAUUAUUCAAAUUCAAUUGAAGUGUCAAGAUUUGAAUAAUCACAUGUUAAGUACUUUUUAUCGGCUGUCAUUAGUCAUGCUUUUGAAAUAAUUUUCCGUCUAAAAAUUCUUUAUAGGAUAUAAUAUGGGUGUUAGAGGUGGUUGUAUGAUAACCAAAUGCAUGUUUUGUAAGCUUGAAAUUUUGUAUCUACUUCUGUGCCUAACUGCCUAUUGUUGCUACAUCAACUCAAUUCAAAAUUUUUCUAUUGACAAUUAUUUAUUCCAGUAAGCAUACAGAAAAAAAUAUAUUUUGAGACUAAUUUGAAGUAGCUGUAAAGAAUAUGUCUUUCAGCACAUCUUUGAUUGCCAGUAUCUUCUAGUAUUAUUAAAAUCUUUGUUAUGACAAUUAAUUUUCCAUUUUCGAAAUACUUUUUGUGAUUGAAUACAUUUUCAAGUCCAAUAAAAUAUUUUUACAAUAAA